UAGUAAUUUAUUUCCAUUUUCCUUUUAUGAACCAUAGGAAAAAUCCUGCUUUGUACGAGGAACUAUCCCAAGGCCAAACUCCAAAGUUCUUAUUUGCCUGCUCUGACUCGAGAGUAUGCCCAGCCCUUCCCACAACCUGGGGAGGCUUUUAUGGUGCGAAAGCAUGGUUCCACCAUAUGAUCAGUGAUUUCAUAGAAGAGUGGGUGAACAUCUGCAAGGCGGCUAAGGCUAAGGUCCGGACAGAAUGCAAAGACUUGGAUUUUGGAGAACAAUGCAGUCAUCUUGAGAAGGAAGCAGUGAACGUGUCGUUGGGUAACCUAUUAACCUAUCCAUUUGUAAGGGAAGGUGUGGUGAAGAAAACUCUGUCGCUUAAGGGAGGGCACUACGACUUUGUCAAGGGAGCCUUCCAGCUCUGGAACCUCGACUUCAACCUGUCUCCUUGUCUAUCACUAUGAGCCACACCAGCAUUGUUAAUUCAUGAUUCUUCAGAUCAAAUGUUGUAAUUUCUUGGUGUUGAAUAAAAUGAGUUUACUUUCAAAAUGUGCGCAUUGUGUAAACUGUAAAGUGACUUGUAAUAACAAGGAAAUGAGUUUUGGAAUGAGAUUAACUUUUAUGCA